AUGGGUGACCCGCUGGCAGCCAUCCCUCAGGCUCAUAGGGGAAGCAUUGGCAUCCUUCAGCUCAAUGAGAAACAUAGCCAUGGGCUGGGACAUGUGUUUGUUACUUACCCCCAGCAGCAGCUGCACACCAAGUGCUUUGCCAGGGGAGAGAAGCCCAUAGCAACUUUACAGCCAUUCAACUUGACCCUGGGUUUGCUGAGCGUACAUCUGAAUAAACAGCAAAUGAAACGAGGUGUGAUGUGUCAUGGGGACAACCCAGGUGACUUCAGCCUAGAAGAUGCCCUGUAUGAACUCAGCACCAAGCGACGUAAGGAUUUUGACUUGGCUGAUGCCCUUGAUGAUAAGAACGAUGGGAAAGAUGCUAGGAGGCCGGACAUAAGGCCAGAUGAAGGGCUUUCAGACGAUGACCUGGCCAGCAUUGUGGACGGUGGCUACAGCCCAGACAAGAAGAAAGGUGCCGGGGGCAGCACUGACAACGACUACAGUGGAAGCAAAGUGGCAGACACAGGGACGAUCGCUGGCAUUGCCAGCGGCCUCGCCAUGGCACUCAUCGGGGCUGUCACCAGCUACAUCUCCUACCAGCAGAAGAAGUUCUGCUUCAGCAUCCAGCAGGGACUUAACUCGGAGUACGUGAAAGGAGAAAACAUGGAAGCUGUCGUAAGUGAGGAACCCCAAGUCAAAUAUUCAGUCCUGGAAACACAGUCAGCAGAACCACCAAAACAAGACAGUGCCAAGAUGUGA